AUGAGUUAUUGGAAGAGUUCUCGUCGAAAGACCUUCGUUCAGUUGUACUCAAGUCUGCCAAAAAGGAUGAUUCGAAUCUGGCUCGAGAAAUACAUCAUCACCGACAAUUCCUACAUCCUCACAUCGCUCGCUUGCGACGAAUUAUAUAAUUAUCUACUGAAGAAUGGGCCACUACCGGUCGAAAAGGUUCAAAAGAUCUUCACUCAAUUAGUCGGUGCCGUUGCAUACGUUCACAAUUCAUCCUGCGUCCACCGAGAUUUAAAAUUGGAGAAUAUCCUUCUGGACAAACACGAAAAUGUUAAACUUGUGGAUUUUGGAUUCACUCGUGAAUAUGAGGGCAAGGCGAGUUAUCUGCAAACUUUUUGUGGCACAAUAUGUUACAGUGCUCCAGAAAUGUUGAAGGGAGAAAAGUAUGCCGGGGAAAAGGUUGAUGUUUGGAGUUUAGGCGUCAUUCUAUACGCUUUGCUAUGCGGCGAGCUACCAUUCGACGACGACGACGAUACUGUAACAAGGACCAGGAUUUUGACCACAGAACCGAAAUGGCCGGAUCAUCUCACAGCCGACGCGCGAAAUUUGUUGGGCAUUCUAUUGUCAAAGAGGCCUUUGAUACGACCUGCCUUAUCUGAUAUUCUCACUCAUCCUUUUCUCGCUGAGCAUGCGCCACAACAGCAAGCCAUUUUGAAACUACAGAGAGCGGCACCUUUCACCACGACAUUAGAAAAAGAGACCUUGGAACGGAUGCGAAGUGCUGGUGUAGAUAUCGACCAGGUUAUUGAAAAUGUACUAGCUCAGAGAUGCGAUGCUCUAGCAGGUUGGUGGGCUCUUCUACUCGAAAAGGAAGAAAGAAAGCAGAUUCGGAAGGAACGAAAACGCAAGGAACGAGAGGCAGAGGUCCGAUCGUCAAGAAGACUGAGUGCUGCGAGUAGCCGUUUGGAAAAAAUGACGCCUAUUUUAACAGGAGUCGAUGAAGAAGGGCAACCACUAAGGAUUAGCGAUCCACCUAGGAGUAGAGGGAGGAAGGAAAGGCGAAGUGCCCAUUAUCCGGAUCUGAUCCUGACCGAUUUACCUGGAUUACCCGAACACUCUCAAUUCUCCUCACCCGAUGUUCAAACGCCUCCUCCGCCACUUGAAAAAGACACUACACGCUCUGCAAGCUCAUCUCGACACCGGCGCCCAAUUCCCCCUCCAAAAGAAGGCACUCUGCGGAGUGCCCGGUCACGUGGAAGCACAUUGCAGCUGGUUACUUCUAAUCAUGAUUUUCUGCACCCCAGUACUAAUGGCAUUGCCAAACCUCCCCAGGAACGCCGCAAGCACCAGCAUGCUUUCAUCAAUCAACUGCAAAAUUGGAAGCACUGGCUUCUGGACUCUGCCAGGCGUGCCAGGUCACCUGGAAAGAAGACAAAAGCUAGUCGCUCAACACCAGAUCUCCGCGAGAAGGCUGCUGACGACUCAACCAGUCCAAAAGACCCUAGUCCGCGACCAGUCACUUCAAAGUCGCCUACGGUGACACGUGCCCCGCUACCACAACUAGGCGGUCAGCCGCCUCUUGCAAGAAUGCAUGCGACGCCAAGCACCAAACGGCAUUCGUUAUCUCCCUCUCCCGUGACUCCUCGAUCAACUUUCCAACGUCGGCCUAGUAGUGGUUUGCGGGGAAGGAAAUCCACAUCAUCUUCCGUUUCGUCUGUACGUAGCAUAAUGCAUCAACACACACAUUCAAAGGCUUCAUCGACUUCGUCUAAUGGAUCUGCCUCAAAGAUAUCGCUACCUACUCGUAGCCCUCACCACUCCGUCAAAGUCCUCCCCGCAACUCCAACCCUUGGCUCAUUCCCUUCCAACAUUCGCGUCGUUCGACAAACUCCGCUGUCGAGUUUCAACGAAGGUGUUUCAUGGGGUGGUAAUAAUAGUGCAUUCGGUGCCCCCCUUGUUUUCGCGAAACGGAAAAAGAAUAUAUUCAAAGGGCCUGCACUUAACACUAGCUCACCCAUCGCAUCAAGCAAUGGACACGGCCACGGACACGCAAGAACAGGCUCGCAUAGCCGAAGCGCCAGUUUAGCAGGCAGAAGAAGCGGUGAAAUUAUCCAGGAAGAAGAUGAAGAGGAAAUCGAAGAAGUUGAUGUCUUUACUCCCGUAGUCGGCCCGGCUGAAACAGAAGAAAUAGUCUUUACCCCGGGUGAUAUGUUAAGACUCGAUGAUACAAUUGAGGAGUCGGAUAGAGAGAAGACGCCUACUAAUGGAGCUGUAUAG